AUGGCUAGCGGGGGAGCCCUGCUGCAGCGGAAGCCAGACCUGGACUUCUACCUGCAUCGUGUGUUCCGUAAAAAAUCAUUCCGCCCGCUUCAGCGAGAGGUUAUCACCGCAGCGGUCGAAGGUCAUGAUGUGUUUCUGCAAGCGUCGACUUCGUUUGGAAAAAGCUUGUGCUUUCAAUUACCGGCUGUAAUCAGUAAUGGGCUCACGAUCGUCAUCUGUCCAUUGCUGGCUUUGAUGACGGACCAGGUCAAUGCCUUACAAGCUAUCGGUGUCCCCGUCCAGACGAUCAAUUCCAGCACGCCUUUGGCUGAGAGACGGAUGAUCAUGGCGGACAUGCUGUCGGGCCAUCCUCGCACGCGCCUCCUCUAUGUGACCCCGGAGCUCUGUCAGACUGACAGUUUCCGACGCAAUCUUUCCAUCGUGCACCAGCAGGGUCAGUUGACCCGUGUUGCUAUUGACGAGGCCCAUUGCAUCAGCGAAUGGGGUCAUGAUUUCCGUCCAGCCUACCAGGAAUUAAGCUGGUUUCGAAAGAAUCUGGACAACCCUGUUGUCCCCAUCACAGCGGUCACAGCAACCGCAACACCUCGAGUGCGCUCUGACAUCAUUAAUGUCUUGGGUCUCAACUUUGCCAGGUUAAAACUCUUCAAUACCCCCUCGGCACGACCCAACAUUCACUACGAAGUACGAUACCUGGCAAACUACGAUGAUGACGACGACUUCUCGCCCGAAGACCUCCGUGUCAAAGACCUGCUUGCAUGGCUGAAGUCCAUCAAAAACCGCCAAGAGGCUCGCAUCGGCACACCGUCGGCGACGGCUCCGCGCGCUCCCAUGUCUGGAAUUAUAUAUGUCGGACUGCGCGCAACCUCCGAAGAGCUCGCCCACCGACUAGAUUCGGACGAAUGCAUCUCGGCGGUGGCAUACCAUGCCGGGCUCAACCCUCAAGAUCGCACGCGCAUCCAGGCGAUGUGGACCGCACCACAGCCUCAAUCGCAGAGCCGAGACGGAAAACCACCCCCAACAUUUUCGAUCAUCGUAGCCACAAACGCAUUCGGCAUGGGCAUCGACAAUUCACACGUCCGGUUCGUCGUCCAUUGGACGCCGCCACGCAGCUUCGAGGGGUUUGUGCAAGAGUCCGGCCGAGCAGGCCGUGAUGGCCGGGCAGCAGCUUCAAUCGUCUACUACAACAUCCAGGAACGCGAUCGUAUUGCCGAACGCCUCAGCCGCGAUGCGGAGAAUGUGCGCAAUCGAGGCGGAUCCAAGGCCUUUGUAGCCGGACUCCUCAAAAAUCAGAUGGCGCGGCGUGAGAGCUACGAAAAAGUGGUCCGCUAUUGUGAGUCUGUCAGUAAAUGUCGGCAUGCGCUCAUCAAGGAUUUAUUCGGAGAUUAUGAGUUGGAAGAGAUGGGCUCGCAGCAACCGCUGCCGGCUUACGGGGGCAAUAGGCCUGAAGGACUGGACCAUGCGUCUUCUCCUUGCGACUUUGCUUGUGACUUUUGUAAAGAGGGACCUUCGGCUUUGGCACGACGCAAGAGUCAGAUGGAUGUUGGCCAUGCGCUCUUUGAAUUCAUGAUAGGAAUGUCAAGCAAUUACUGUUAA